AUGGCACAGCGACUGCUUCUGGCUCAGCCGUCCGAGCGGCUGCUUUCCCAGGACCAAAGCCUUGCCUUGGUUCAGAUAUUCCUCAAUGCUGCACUGGCGUGUAUCGCUCAUGCAAGAGAGCUCAUCCCAUGGACAGCACCGUGUUUCUGCACUCGACGUAUUGACGAAAUCGUAUUUGACGAUGAGCAGAAUGCAAAAGCAUUGUAUUCGUCUUUUCAAGCUGUCACCCAGCAAGAGGCCGGCGAGGGUCAAGAAGUCAAAGUCCUCGUCCCUGGCGGUCAUCGACGCGCUGACCAGCUACUUGAAAUGCUUGAGCAAGGAGUCUUCGACGCUCUGGAACGUGGUUACCUGCAGGAUCUCCAGGUCUUUGUGACACGGUCCUCACAGGGCCAACUUUCAGUCCUGGAGAACUAUCAUUUCGUCUUUGCUUAUGAAAAGGGGCGCGUCAGCAGCGUUCAAGUGAACCCCACGAAUCACACGUUCACCCUGGAAAACGUCCACAAGAGCUUCAAGGCGAGCAUCCGAGCAUUGCUCCGAUCACUGCGCGACCUACCUCGUCUUCCAGCCCGCCGCAGACUGGGAAUGAGCCUUGCUUACAACAAGUCGUGCCCCACCCUGUAUCAGCCGCCAGGAUUCGUGGACAAGAACGACUUCCAAGAGGUGGAUGCCGAAGUAGUAUGCGGGUCGCUAGGGGGAGGCACAGAGGAUGUCGUUGGCGUGCUGGAAUCAGGUCACUACCAGAUCCGUGUCACUGUCCGUACGGCUGAGUCGGAAGCUCAGGACUCGUCCGUCGACCUCCAGGAUACCGAGAUGAGCAAGCAACUUCAAGCGAUGCAAAAGACUUCAUCCAGUCACAGCAACAAUCUGCUCUCGACGCUGAAAGAAUCGACACCUGCGAUUAAACGCCGCGCCGAUGCCCCAAUUCCCGACAGCAGGCGUGAGAAACGGAACGGCGUACAAAACUCUGAAGGGGGUAUCAUGGCAGGUGCAACCGGAGCAAGUGCGCUCAACAGUCCUCGAAGCCUAGGAAACAUGAGCUUUCCUCAGCUGGAUACGGCCGGCGCCAAGGACUCGCCACUUGAGUUCACAGCCAUGACACGGAGCUCGCCGAAGGUGGUAGGAGCCCGUCUCGCCGUGACGAAGCUAGCGGAGCUUCUAGUACACUGCUACGCAGUCCAGAAAGAGAUGGCAGGUGGUGGAGGAGCUAUCUUUGACGGAGACUUACUCGCCGAAGGAAAGAUCAAGAGGAUCUGCCGAUCGACUGAUAUCAGCUGUGAAUGUGGAAGUCCGAAGCAAGACAAGGAAAUGCUAUAUUGCGAAGUAUGCGACGGAUGGCAACAUAGAGAAUGCUAUGGAUAUGACGGAACAUCUCCCACAGCUAUCGCUGCUGAUGAGCGUUUCUGCUAUACCUGCCUGUUGUCCGGAGGGAAGCCAGAAGAUCGAGAAUCUCCGCUGUCCAUCGUCCUCUUGCGGCGGGCCGUCAACUACUUGACAACUCAGGUCAAAUCCGGAUCGCGAAUUGGUGACGACUUCCUGCAUAUCCGGCUGAACCCCGUGCGAUGGACCAAAGACGUCUUCACUCGCGUGAUUAAUCGCCUGGUAGAAGAGCACCUGCUUUUGCGUAGGCAGCGACGACUUUUCGAGGUUCAACCGCUGAAACAGCCAGAGCUGCACCAGCUCAAAGAGAAGUGUGCGAGUGCCUUGGCGUCGAUAGAUCAUCUCUAUGAAGUCUCUCCAGGCGGUGAAGAUCCAAUGAAACGCUCCACUGAGCUUAUGCAGGCGCUUGAAGCAUACGCUCAUGGACGGGAUUUCGCAAGAGCCGAAGGGUGUGAAGAAAUGGUAUCGUACGACGAGUUCGGUGACCCUACUGUGCGCUGGAUAUACCGCCCUGUCUCAAGCGACUUAUCCACGGAGGCAGUUGACAAUGCAGGAACAGCAACACCAAUACGCCGACGAAAGAUCAGCAUCUCCCGCAUGCUGAUCAACGUUGACUACUCACCAUCUGCAGCCAGCGUUAUGAGCGUGGGCGAACAACCAAGCCUAGUCCGUGACCAUAUACCGUACAGCACCGAUUCCAGCACCGCCGAAUCCACCACGACUGCGGACUGA